AUGUUCAGUGCUACUUGUGCAGUCCUAAGAAACAUAAUUAAUGAUAGAAGCAAAUUGAAUCAACGAGUUGAGGCACAUGGAGUUUAUGAUUCCAUUACAUCUUUUGAGUUUGUCUUCAUCUUACAUCUUAUGAGGGAUAUCAUGGAGAUUACUGAUGAUUUUUGUCAAGCUUUGCAAAGUAAAUCUCAAGAUAUCUUAAAUGCAAUGCAUUUGGUGUCUACAACGAAGAUACUUACUCAAAAAUUUAGAGAAGGUGGAUGGGUUCCAUUGUUGGAGAAAAUUAAAUUAUUUUCUAAUGAUCAUGGUAUACAGAUUCCUGAUAUGAGUUGUCCUUAUAAAAGAGGCCGAGGUCGGUCUCGUUCUAAAAGAGAUCAGCUCACCAUGGAACAUCAUUUUCGAGUUGAUAUUUUUAUGGUUACAGUUGAUUCCCAGCUACAAAAAUUAAACAAUAGGUUUAAGAAAGAUGUAAUGGAAUUGCUUGUUCUUAGCUCAGCUUUGGAUCCUAGGGAUAGUUAUAGAUCAUUCAACAUUAAGGAUAUUUGCAAACUUGCAAAUAAAUUUUAUCCCAUGGAUUUCUCCGAGCAAGAAAAAUUGCAUUUGAAGUAUCAGUUGGAAAACUAUAAGCUUGAUAUUUCCAUACUUCCCGAGUUUCAGAAGCUGUCAACCAUUUCUGAGUUGUGUCAAAUGUUGGCAAAAACGAAAAAGUCGACAAGUUAUCCUCUUAUUGAUAGAUUGAUCCGCCUUGUGUUGACUUUACCUGUUUCAACUGCUACAUCAGAACGUGCAUUUUCAGUUAUGAAACUUAUUAAGUCUAAAUUGCGCAAUAGGAUAGAAGAUGGUUUUCUGGCUAGUUGCUUAAUUACGUACAUUGAAAAAGACAUUGCUCGAGGGUUUGAUGUAGAUUCUAUCAUCCAUGCUUUUGGUAUUACGAAAGAGCGUCAAGUUCAAUUGAAGAUGCCUAAUUUUAGUAAAUAA